AAACCAGCACAAUGCCGCUUUAAGACUGCAGUGUGGCUGACUGUGUUUGUGCCAGACACAGUACAGUAACUUUCCCAUGCACCAUUAGGCGUUUCACAAGCAGCAGCGCCACAAGAAAGACAUCCAGUGUCCGUGGUUUUCAGAAAUGGGGCCAGAGCGAGCGUGAACAGUUGAAACACGGGGCUAUUCCGAGCCCAAGGAGGCAACUGAAUGAGACAUGGCCAUGGACGUUAGGAAAAGAAAGAACGGCGAGAAGGAAGAUUUGGCCUCGGAUGAUAGAAACGCGAAGUCGUCGGAAAAAGCAAGACCAGCACCGCACCCUGAGCGCUCCCGUCGCCGCCGCUGUUCCAAACUCCUUACCGUACUGUUUCUCCUUCUGUUUGUUCCGAUCGCUUCGCUGCUGGGAAUAAAAUACUACCGCGAUGGGCUACUCGCUAGGCGUCAAGAGGCUGCCCUACACUGUCUGGGGAAUGAAGGGCUGUUUCUCUUCUCCUCGCUGGACUCUGAUAAUGACAUGUUCCUCAGCCCAGACGAGUUCAGAACCAUAGCAGAGAAACUCACAGGUAUCUCCCCACCCUCGGAGUUCGAGGAGGAGUGGGGCCCCGAUGAGAAUGGAGAGACCCUCACUGUUGUGGCCAAAUUCCAGCCUCUCGUGAUGGAAACCAUGACGAAAAGCAAAGACGGGUUCCUGGGGGUCUCCCACCGCUCUCUGAGCGGACUGAGGGACUGGAAGAGCCCUGCUUCCCCCUCCAGAGUCUACUCUGCCAGCCAGUUCCGGGCCUUCCUGCCCCCCAAGAACAAGCUGGAGGUGGGGGAGACCUGGUGGCUCAUUCCCAGCGAGCUCAACAUCUUCACAGGAUACCUGUCCAACAACCGCUACCACCCCCCAGCUCCACGGGGCAAAGAGGUGCUCAUUCACAGUCUCCUGAGCAUGUUCCACCCGCGUCCCUUUGUGAAGACGCGCUUUGCCCCACAGGGAGCGGUGGCCUGUGUCAGAGCCAUCAGCGACUACUACUACGACAUCGUCUUCAGGAUCCAUGCAGAGUUUCAGCUGAACGAUGUUCCAGAUUUCCCGUUCUGGUUCUCUCCUGGUCAGUUCACAGGAAACAUCGUCUUGUCCAGGGAUUCCUCCCACGUGCGUGAAUUCCGUCUCCACGUUCCCAACAACAGGUCAUUGAACGUGGACAUGGAGUGGCUGUAUGGAGCCAGCGAGAGCAGCAACAUGGAGGUGGAUAUUGGCUACCUGCCCCAGAUGGAGCUUGAAGCCACCGCCCCCUCGAUUCCCUCUUUCAUUCACGACGAGGAGGGGAAUGUGAUUGACAGCCUGGACGCCAACGGAGAGCCAAUCCAGUUUGUGUUUGAGGAGAUUGAGUGGCUCUCUCAGAUCACAAGAGAGGAGGCGAGCCGGCGGCUGGAGGUCACUCUGUACCCCUUCAAGAAGGUUUCGUACCAUCCCUUCAGCGAAGCCUUUGACCGAGCCAAGGCAGAGAAUAAGCUGGUGCACUCCCUGCUGCUGUGGGGGGCCUUGGAUGACCAGUCCUGCUGAGGUUCGGGGCGGACUCUCCGGGAGACAGUCCUGGAAAGUUCGCCCGUCCUGGCUCUGCUCAAUCAGAGCUUCGUCAGCAGCUGGUCUCUGGUGAAGGAGCUGGAGGAGCUGCAGAGCAACAAGGGGAACCCUGCCCACGCUCAGUUAGCCAGCCUGCAUUUAGAGAAGUACAACUUCCCUGUGGAGAUGAUGGUGUGUCUGCCCAAUGGGACUGUGGUUCACCACAUCAACGCAAACUACUUCCUAGACGUGACUUCCAUGAGACCUGAGGAGUCAAACGAGGGAAACCCCUUUGAUUUCUCAGCAGGGUUUGAGGACCCCACCACCGCCACGUACGUCCGCUUCCUGAAGGAGGGGCUGGAGAAAGCCCGGGAGUAUCUGGGGAACUAGACAGCACAGGAGAGCUUGGAAAGACUCCCCAGUACUCUUCCAGUCCAGGCCAAGACCUUGUAUAAUUAUUUAAAGGGUUAUAGCCAAUUAAGUAAUUCCCAAGAAAUCUUAAAUGUCCAGUUUGAGCAAACAGAACUGUUCGGCUUCACUUCAUGGUUCCCAAACUGCACCAGAUAGAGACCCCUGCACACAACUACUGCCCCCCCCCCCCCCCCCCCCAGCCCACCUUAAAACUCCUCAUGCACACAAGAGAAUAGACACCACCUGGUUACAGUCAGUGUUGGGUCUCUAUUACCCCCUUGCUGCUCUUGUUACCUGCCAGGAUCCUGUAAGUUCUCUAUGCAAAGACUGAAAGGGUUAUAACCUCUCAAACAGGAGGUGUAUUGAAGUGAGGUUGCCCGCUCGCUGCCUGGGGGGGUUCUAUUGAUUGUCCAGCAGGUUCCAUGGUUAGUUUUGUAAUACUGGGGUUUUACUUACACCCAAUGCCCAUGCACACACAUUCAUUAUAUGGGUCUUUAGUUUUUAAAGAAAAUACAUUUUCAAUUUAAAAUGGUAUCUGAUACUAAACAAGGCUAAAGAAAUGUCUGUUUACAAGCCAUGCUUCCAGACUGUUGUACUUCCUGGGUCAUUUUACCUGAAGGGUGAAGUUGUCCCCACCCCCAUUCCCUGGCUUCUUUCCUGUCAGUAGCCAAUCGGCUGCUUCCCUUAUUGACUGGCACGCUUUCAGCCAGUAACAUGCUUUGUCCCAGAAUCCGCUGCCAAGGUGAAAUGACCCAGGAAGAACAGUAAAAGGCUUGGAAGGAAAGCAAACCUUUCACUUUCUUGAACCGUAGUGUGGUACCAGGUGUCUGUUUUAAAUACAUGUUUGCUGAAGCACCUGCUUCUGUGAGACCUGUGUAGCUAAGGGGAGUAAACAGAAUUUCAAAUUGCAUUGAACGAAUAUAUUGGAAUCUGAAGUGCUCUGCUGGGCAAUCAAAGUGGACAAUCCAGCCUUUUUUGUUAAAUGAUUUUUAAUUUUUUUUUUUUUCUGGUUAUAUCAAAAAUGACAAACUGCAAUAUGUACUGUAAGAAUGUAUGCUAGAUGUACUGUUUUUAUAAUGUUUACAUUGUGUGUUUUCUAUGCUGUAUGGUAGACAGCCUGUUUUUUUUUUAAUGUAGUACCACGGUAGCCCAAUAGAGGGCAGUGUAGCGUGGGCAGUUGGUUCUAGAACCAUUGCUCUUUGUGACGGCCUGCUCUGAAAGCUCUCUGUGGGCGGGGACAGGCCUGAUGUUGAGUAGUUGUGUCUGGAAGCAAUGUCCCCUCUCUGCCCCUAGAGGGAGACAGUGGGUUUCUUCAUCCAUAGAACAACACAUGCAAUUGAGAAUACAUUUCCAUAAUCAAAAUCCUAGUUGGAAAAAGUGUAUUUUUCAUUUUCCUUAAUGAAUUUAACACAUUUUAACAGAUUUGCUUUAGUUGUUGGAUUUAAAAGAAUGAAGACGUUGACAAUGUCUUAAACAUUUGUUUACUUCACUGUUAAAUGCGACACCCUGUAGUGCUAUUAACACAUUCACCACUCUCUCAACGACAGCAGUUAGGUGCUAUUUUAAUUUGCACUGUGGUCCCAGUACAGUGGUGGCCAACACUAGUCCUCAGGCAUCUGAGUCUGCAUCAGCCAGGAUGCAAAAGUGAACCAACCCUCGUCUCACGAUUCUAAAAUGUGUUUAUUAUAUACUGGUUUGCUCUUAAACAUUUGAGAUGCAGACUUUAUAGUCACAGGCUAAACAUGCCAGUAACACUCCCAUUGCAAAUGUGCCACAAAUGACUUUUUUUUUUACUGUUUCAAACACUAUAAACCAACAUUAUUAAUGCUCCUUUCUUUUUGAGCUGGCUACUUAAGCAAUACUUCUAAAAUUGCACUACAAUGGCUAGUUACGAAUUUCUUUUAAAACCAACCCGACCAUGUUGAGAGUGUUCAAUGGUACCCUUGUGUUGAUGCAGAAGGACUGGUUCGUUUUAUAUCAUGCUGUAGUGCUUGUACAAAUACUGGGGUUCACAGUCACUGUAGCACUGAAAGCGAGGCAGUCCACAUGCAUUAGAAACUGCAUAAGACACAUGCUACCACUACUUGUAACCAGCUAUGAAUAUGUGAACACAAUGCAAUUUGCUGCAUAAGCCCUUCAAAAGAGCAUUCUGUUAUUAAUAAAAUGUUAUUUUUCACUGUAA